AUGGAGAAAGAUAAUGAAAAGUUCUUUAACGAUGAUGAAGUGGCCAGGGUGUCUUCAAAUACUGGCCUGGUAAAGUAUGGUUUGGUUUUAACGACGAACACAAUGCGGCCCGAAACCGAGUUAAAAAAUACUUCGUAUAAGAAUCAUAAAGAGAUCAAAGUAAUCUGGCAUCCAAAUGGUGAUGAAGAAAUUAUCUCUGAUGAUGAAGUUGUGUUAAUGGAUCGAUCAUUUAUGCCAGGUGAUGUAGUACGAAAAGUUAGUGAAGGCAAGCCAAGUCAAUUUGGACAUUGUGAAAAUAUUGAUAUAUAUGCCACAUUGAAAAUACUGAAUACCAACAAAAUAAUAGAAAAUAUCAAUUCCCGAAACUUUACUCCCACAAAACCAUUCGCAAUUAAUUCCUUGGUUUUUUAUGAAUCAUGGGUUGGUAGAGUUUAUGAUGUCAAACGUAAAGUUACAUUUGUUUCACAAGAUGGAUCGAUUUUUACAUUAGAGGACCCGCAUAGAAGAGGCUUCAUAAGUCUAUCUACAAGUCAUAAUUUUUCCAUUGAUGACAAUGUAUUUUAUCAUGGGCUAAAAUUAAAAAUGUGUCUAGAUUCCUUAGAGAAUGCAACAUUUUUAACGAUCAGUAACCUAAUGAAAUGUCUAUGGCACAAUUAUAAGAAGAAUAUCAGCAAUAAAUUUGGGUCCAAGUGGGUCAAAGUUUAUGUUCAAGAUGUUAUUGUAUCAUCAGUUGAAGUUCAAUGGUACAGCCAAACAUCAAGUAGAACAAAGCCGUGUGAAGAAUAUUGGCCAGGGAGAUUAUUUACUGGUGAUAAUUUGAAAAAGUAA